AUGACGACUAACCCUAUAGUGAAAGUAAAACAAGGUCAAUUAUCAGGAAAAGCUUGUAAGACUAUAAGUGACAAACAAUAUUUUGCUUUCAAAGGCAUACCGUAUGCAAAACCACCGAUUGGAGAAUUAAGAUUCGCUGCUCCAGAAGCUCCAGAACCAUGGGAAGGUAUAAGAGACGGUACAAAGGAAUGCAACAUCUGUGCCCAAUUCGAAAAAGAAACUUUACAGGUAGUGGGCGAUGAGGACUGCUUAUACUUGAAUGUCUAUACACCAAGCCUUCCAAAUUCAGAUGGACCUUCACUACCUGUUAUGGUGUUUGUCCAUGGAGGUGGUUUUUUGUUUGGCAAUGGUACAGAGGAUAGUAAACAUGGACCUGAUCACCUUAUUGAAAAGGAUGUUGUAUUAGUUAGCUUGAACUACAGAUUAGGUAUUCUUGGAUUUCUGUCAUUGGAUUGUAAAGAAGCACAAGGAAAUAUGGGAUUAAAAGAUCAAGUAUUUGCAUUGAAGUGGAUACAACAGAACAUAAAGAAUUUCAAUGGAGAUUCUAAUAAUGUGACUAUUUUUGGUGUCAGUGCUGGUGGAGCGUCGGUAGAAUAUCUUAUGAUUUCACCUAUGGCUAAAGGACUGUUUCACAAGGCGAUUGCACAAUCUGGUUCCUCUUUACUUCACUGGGCACAAAAUAAUAAAAUUAAAGAAGUAGCCUCAAAAAUACCUAUUAUUAAAAAGAAAAUGAUAGGUGGUACUAAAGAUUUGUUAAAAUAUUUGAAAGAUAUGCCAUGUAAGGACUUGAUUGAGGCUUCCAUGACUGUUCUGGCUCUCAGUAAAUUUCGUGGUGGUUUGAACUUUUGUUUUGUUCCAAGUAUUGAAAAAGACGGUGAUUGGGAACCUUUUGUUAAUAAAUGUACUUACGAUUCAUUGCUUCAUGGUCAUUUUACUAAAGUACCAUAUAUGGCUGGUUAUUGCACCCGUGAAGGUCUUUUAUUAGUAUCAUUGGCUUAUUCUGCUAUAGAGAAACUAGUUAAAGAAAAGGAUUUCCUCUCAUAUUUGCCAUUCGAAAUUGAUGAAACUGAGAAAGUCGAAGUGGAAACUAAAUUAAAAAAUAUUUAUUUGGAAGGAGAAAAUAACUAUACUGAAGCAGACGCAUUUGCGAUUGAUUUCUUUAGUGAUGUCGACUUUAUAGGGGGCAUUUAUGUUUCUACUUUAUUGGUGGCUAAACACAAUUCGCCUGUAUAUUUUUACGAAUUUAAAUAUGACGGUGGUUUGAAUUAUUUGAAAAGAAAGCUAAAUAUUGACAGAGAAGGUGCUUGCCAUGGGGAUGAAGGAGGUUACCUAAUAAAGUGCCAGAUUCUGGACGAUGUCAAUCUUUCUGAUACAGACAAGUUAGUUCUGGAUAGAAUGUGCCAAAUGUGGACUAACUUUGCCAAAUAUGGGGACCCUACACCUAAAAUUGAUAAUGUCAUAGACACUACAUGGGAGCCUAUAGCGGAAACUGGAAUGGCGUAUUUAGAAAUAGAUGAUAAACUCACUAUGAAACAUGAAAUGAAUACAGAAAGAAUGAAGUUUUUUAAAGAACUUUAUGAAAAAUAUUACAAAUCAACUUUUGAUGCCUGU